AUGCCCGGCAGUACCUACGAAGAUCCCAAUCCCGACCACAGAAAUGAAAUGGAUAUCGACGUUCGCAGUUGUCUUUCCAAGCGCCCGGCGAGGGACGAUGAAGAUGAAGACGAAGAUGAAACUGGAAGUACGAACCAAGAUGGAACCCCCGCACAACCCAACGAAGGUGAUACCUCGAAACGCAAAGACAAACGGCCGCUGCGCAAGAGGGCCAAACCGACGGAUCCUGCUGGUCCUUCCGGCGAAGGCGAAGCAGAAGGCGAAGCAGAAAGCGAAGCAGAAGGGGAGGAUACCGAAACCGAAUCGCGCACUGGCAAAGGCAAACAGCCGCAAAGGGCAGUCAGGCCCGCCGUACCUGCCAAAACAUUUGCGCGUCGCCCAACGCCGGGAUCCUCAAAGCAUCCAACUACCACACCCAUUGGUUCGCCUGGCCCAUGGAAUCUACAGUUGAGGCAAACGACACUGCACUCUUUCAACGUCAGGCGGCCUAUUCCGUCUGAUUUUGCACCCUCUCAGGUCUCCGUCCCACCCAAGGGUGUCGCGACUGCCGGCGGGGCAGCCGCUUCUUCAUCACGCCAUGCCCAAGAGCAGGAGGACAGUGCCAGAACGUCGACUCAACAGACCCCGUCCUCUGUAGUGCCUAGUGACAGCGACAAUCCCGCACCCUCUCAGGUCGCCGUCCCACCCAAGAGUGUGGUGACUGCCAGCGGGGCAGUCGCUUCUUCAUCACGCCAUGCCCAACAGGAGGAAGGUGCCAGAACGCCGACUCAACAGACCUCGUCCUCUGUAGUGCCUAGUGACAGCGACAAUCCCGCCGAAGGUGAAGGGGAAUAUCAUCCAAGUCUGACAAGUGAAACGGAGACUGCGGGCUCACAUUCGGACCAUCCCUCCGACAUCCAAGUCGCAAAGAAGAAGAAAGGGAAAGAGAAGGCGAGGGCCCCACAGAAGAAGAGGAAGGAUGAAUUUGUGCCAACGUAUCGUGACGACCUCGGCCCCUCAGCUCCUCUGAUUUCCCCCGAGCUCGCCCAGCAAGUCAUUCGUGAGGUUUUCGGGAAGUUCAACUCAACCAUGGCAUCAGAGGCGGGUGGAUUGGUGGAGGCUGUGCGAGACAUGGUCACAUCCGACUUCCGUAGCACUCUGCAAAGUAUUGCGACCCGAAUUGAUGAUCUGAAGGGGGAAGUGCAAGACCAGAGGCGAGAGUACAAGAAGAUACAGGAAUCCCACGAGUCGCUCCUGCAACGGCUGAACAACCUUUCUGCCCCCACCUCAACUCCCGCCCCCGGGCCUGUCCCCCCACCGAAGCAGCGAGCAGCACCUCAACAUCUUCGAAAUGGACUGGCCGUCGAACACAAAGACCAUCCAAAGGUCAACUUAUUCCGGAGCUGCUACAGAUUCUACAUAAAGCGUGUCCUGCUGAAGCUACAGGCAAACGACGAGCUCGAUGAGGAAGACGUACGGAUGGACCUCGAUAAUCUCGAUGACGACGAUGAAGACGACGACGACCCUAUCCUGAAGCAUAAGCCAAUCACCGAUCAAGAGCACAGAGCAUGGUGCGACAAGAGCCCCAACCGCAUCAGGGUCACUGUAGAAAACUUCCGCUACGAUUUCACUCGCCAGCCGACCGACGUUUUCAAUAGGGGCUCCAUCCAUAUCGGUAUCAAGGCGUUCAAGAGGGAGUGGGACAAAGGCACGUUCGAUGAUGCCAUGGGGCUUGAGGACGAGGAGGAGAGGAAAGGUCUUGGGGCAGCGUUCUUGACGUACCGAUCCUUGCAAUACAGCUUCGACGGUUACUUCAAGAACCUGUCUCAUCGCUACCUGGCUGCAACCACCGAAUCAGGAAGAGAAGCAUUGAAGCUCAAGCGCACGAAGGCGGCCAGGAACACUCGAUUGACUACGUUGACUAAGCACCGCCAGAGAGCCUGCGAUGCUGUUCCGGUGCUCAAGACCUAUCUCGCAUUGCUCAAGAUGCUCGGCAAUCACGCGACCAGCGAAGACGAGUCGGACUUCGAGACCGUUGGCGACACCCAAGUCAAGGUUUACCGUACCAUUGCUCCUGGCUGGCGCUCCAAAUCGUUGGAGAAGUUCCUGCAUUUUCUCGAUUGGGUUAGGGAUGAGCUUCAGAAGGCUGAAGGUGCUUCAACGAAAUCCAAGCUGAAAACGGCCAAGAGACGCAGGCGCGAUGAUGAUGACAAGCAAGUCAGAGUUCCGGGUGGGCCCCGACGUCCGCGAAUCCCUUCCAACAAGGUGAACAACAACAGGCGGGCUGCGACAGGGUUGAACCAGAAUUGCUACUCGAAGACCUGGCUGAGGAAGCAACCGGAACAUGUAGAGAAUAGACUCCUUAUCCAGAAGGAGGACUUUAAGUUCCCGGCCGACUACGACCAAUUGAAGAAAAGCAUCGUUAACGAAGGUCAUUAG